GACAUGGAGGUGUGAAUCAGCUGGGGGGUGUUUUUGUGAACGGCCGCCCCCUCCCAGAUGUCGUUCGCCAAAGGAUCGUGGAGCUCGCCCACCAAGGGGUCCGGCCGUGUGACAUCUCUCGGCAGCUCCGCGUCAGCCACGGCUGCGUCAGCAAAAUACUUGGCAGGUAUUACGAAACCGGGAGUAUUAAGCCUGGAGUGAUUGGAGGAUCAAAACCAAAGGUCGCCACACCCAAAGUCGUUGAAAAAAUUGCAGAGUACAAACGCCAAAAUCCCACCAUGUUUGCCUGGGAGAUCAGGGAUAGACUCCUCGCUGAGCGAGUGUGUGACAACGACACCGUGCCCAGCGUCAGCUCCAUUAACAGGAUCAUACGGACGAAGGUGCAGCAGCCACCCAAUCAGCAGGUCCCAGCCUCCAGUCACAGCAUAGCCUCCACGGGGUCUGUGACCCAGGUGUCAUCCGUCAGCACCGACUCUGCCGGCUCGUCCUACUCCAUCAGCGGGAUCCUGGGAAUCGCCUCCCCUGGCACCGAGAGCAACAAGCGCAAGCGGGAUGAAGGUAGUGGGAGCUGUUUUCUG